AGUUUUGUAAAAAGAUAAUUUUGGUAAUUUUUUUUUGUGCUUGAAAUAAAUCCAUGAAAGAUUCAUUACUCCCUCGAAAUAUCACUGGCGAGUGCCUCUCAUCAGCCCGAAAUCGUCGGAUUCAACUUUCAACCCCUCCAAGCCACCCCAAUUCUUCCCCAAAAGAUACAUUGCACGCAAGCGCAUGAAUUCUCCCCACGAAUCGGCGGAAAGAGUCCCAUUUCAUGAUCAAUAAUUCCAAACCAAAGAUUCGUCGACGUUGCAUUGUUACUACGCGCUAUUAUUCAAUCCUCCACAUGAAAAUCGGAUGAACAAUUAAAAAAAUUAUAUUGCCCCAUGGAUAAUUUCGAGUUGUCAUCGACAAAUAUCAAUCCGGUAGAAUGGAGGGACGAAGACCUUGGAGAUAAGGGCGAUGCCGAUUACGCUGAAUGUGCACCUCGACGAAUGGAUCUGCAGACAGUGAAUCAAGACGAGAAUUGCAGGGUCAAUGCAUCAAUGGAGCCAUCCGAGGAAGCAACCCGUAAACUACUUGAACGUGAGCUCCGACUGUUGGAUCCACGGGAUUUGCGAUCGCAUGCAUGGUAUCAUGGAAGUACAUUGAGAAAUGGAAGAAAGGGUGCUGAGGCCGAGGUACCAAAUGACGGUGACUUUUUGGUUCGGGACUGUGCCUCCCAACCGGGCAAUUACGUUCUGACAGUGCGAUGGAAGGGUCAGCCCCUGCACUUUGUCAUCAACAAGGUUGUGCUGCAGCCGGACACGGUCUACGAACGGGCCCAAUACCAGUUUGAAGAUGAUGCAUUCGACACAGUCGCCGACUUGAUAACCUUCUACGUAGGAAGUGGCCGACCAAUCAGUCAAGCCAGUGGAGCCCGCAUCAUCAGCCCAAAGCCUAGAUCAAUUCCAAUCACCUGUUUAGCAUCGGUGAAUCAAAGCUGCUCAAGUCCAUCUGCUACUUCUCUAUCAACAUUUUCCCCACCUCGUCUACCCCGUAAACAACAGCGAAGUCAAUCUCUGACACCUCAACAGCCAUUCCAUCCUGAGAAUGAUCAGCAUCAAUUUCGAUCGCAACCGAAUCAUCUGGUUCAAUCAAGCACACUACCCCGCGCUCCACCAAUCCAAAAUCAGCUCUCAUCCGGAUCUUUCUCAUUGGGUCGGCAGAAAAUUACCAGGGUAAUUUCAGAUCCCGCUCUUCAGCAGCAAAUACAGAAUAGUCUUAAUCAUCAGUCAUCAGUGGCACCGCCGAAACCUCCUCGCGUACCAUACAUACCAAAUCAACAAGUACAUUCUCAUCUGCAUCAUCAUCCACAUCAUCCACAUCAUCAUCAUCCUCAUUAUCAUGCGCAUCAUCAUCAGGGAUAUCCAGCAUCUGGGAGUGACAGUGGAAAUGGCUCCGGUGACAGUGAAUUCGAGGCAAACAAUUCUGGGGGUAAUAAUCCACCUAUUCCAAUAAAAGGAGUGAUUAUUCGCAGUCACUAUGGAUUAUCGAAUGACGGUCAAAACGGUCAUGGUAGCGAUUACGAAUUAUCAGCCGAAGAGCAGCUGGUGGUGGCAGCCCCAUCUUUUGAAAUUCUCACUCUCCUAGAUAUGGAAGGUUUCUCCACUCUACUCUUACCCGCUAACGAUCAUCGACCCCUUGACCCAACGGCCCUGCGAGGUGUAUCCGGUAUGCUCCACGAUUCAGCACCCAGAAUCCUAGCUUCACACCUGACGCGUCUCGAUCUCGAGCUCAUUCUUCAACCAGGAAUGGGAAAUAGAUUUGGCCUGAGUGGAUUAGAACUGGCAACUCUACCACACGGUCGACAAGCCCGAUUGGAUCUCAUCGAGAGAUCUGAGUGCAUCAAGUUGCUCGUUGCUGUAACCAUUCUCGCUGGAACAACAGCUAUUGAGAGAGCAGCAACAAUAAGCAAAUGGAUAAAAGUGGCUAUUGAUACUAAAACUGCUCUUGGAAAUCUUUACGGUUUCUGUGGUGUUAUGCUGGGUCUCUGUCUACCUCAAAUCCAAAGACUUGCCAAUACCUGGCAUCUUCUACGCCAGAAGCACACGGAUGAGGCAUUCAAUUUUGAAGCUAAACUCAGACCAACACUGAGGGCUAUGAAUGAGUGCACUAAUCCUCAGGCUCCAAACACAACACUUCCACAUUUACUCCCGGUUGCACUACUAGGUGAACGGGGUCUUGACGACGUAUUAGGGACAGUAGCAGCGUCAGGACUUGUUGCUGCAAUUCUAUCAUCAUGGGAGAAUUCAGCCCCAGACUGUGGUCUAUCGAUUGUGUGGGCGCAUUUAGAAGCAGCUAGAAAAUUGACUGAAAGCUUACCAUUAUUUCGCAGAAAUGCCGAGAUCGCUCUGGAGGGCUCGAGAAGUGAUGAGCUUUUGUUAGACGCAUUUCGAACGGAAUUUCAUAUUAAAUUUUUAUGGGGCAGCCGUGGUGCGGCUGUUGCACCUGAAGAGAGACAUCUCAAAUUCACUCAAGUUCUUGACGCCAUGUUUGAGAAAUGCACAACGAGUGAAGCCGCUGCGUAAGAGAGGAAUUUUAUGAAUUUUAUAAUGAAAUACCAAUAUAUACGAUAAUACUAGGGUAAUAUUUGAAAUCAAACUGUAUGUGUAAUAGAGAAUUUCAGUUAUCUACAUGAUGUAUUAUAUGACUAGUGUAGAUGAAUAACACAACGUAUCUUCAGAGACAAUAUGAUAAUAACAAGCGGAUCCAAAGAGUCCCAGUGAUCAUGGGCUUGAAAUUUCGGCUGUACUAAUUAUUAUGUACUUAAAUCAUUGUAUAUUCUAUUAAUCACAUGUAUACACGUUGUUCAUAUUUGUUUACCAUAAAUAUGGAGUAUUAUAAUAAAAUGGGAAGAUCACAUGAA